AUGUCUAUGUCAUGGGGACGGACCAUGAUGGCCAUUGCCAUCUCCAUGCUCACCACCUACGCCACCUCAUCGUUGUUAUCGUUCUUCUUUGUGGUCCUCGAAACGGAUCUGAAUGCAGGGCCGACAAAGUUGGGACUCAUUGUCAUGUGUAAUCGGAUGGUCAACGCUGUUGCCGGCGUCGUCUGGGGUUGGGCAGCAGAUGAAAGUCCAAGAAUUCGCUUGUGGAUCUGGGCUUCACUCGGAGGCGCUCUGCCGACCAUGAUCCUCGCCGCAUCGGCAAACUACGCCAUGUUUCUCAUCGUCUAUGCCUCGGCAGCCAUCGGCUGGUCUGCGCUCAAGUCGGUGGCUCUCUCGCUCGUGCCAGACUUGUACAUUCCAGACGAGCGAGGCAAGGCCAUGGGCAGUCUCGGCAUCGCUAUCAUCUGCGCCGCCGUCCUCGGCGUUGCCGUUGCUACUGCGUUCCAGAACCCGGUCGGUGGCGUCGACGGCUGGCGUCUCGCGCACCUGCUCCUCGGCCUCUUGCAAAUCCCGACGGUGCUGAUUGUCCGCUGGCUCGCGCAGGAUCCGCCGCGCGGGAGCAAGGAGUUCUCGGACGCGCUGGCGUACGCAGUGGCACCAGAGUACGCGAGCGUGGUGCCCUCGGCUGCCGGCAUCGAAGCUCGCCUCUCUGCCAGCGAGGAGGAGCAGGCUGAGGAGGGCGAGGAGGGCGAGGGCGAGGCCGCAGGCGCAGGCAGGACGGGCAAAGGCGGGGUGCGUGCCGGACUGGCGGACCUUGUGGCCAACUCGAUUCCGAUUCUUCGCAACCGAGGCUUCAAUCUGUUCAUGGCACUGCUGACGGCGCAGGCGCUGCCUGUCUCUGCGCUCUCGUUCAUGGUCCUCUGGUUCCAGUACUCGGGCCUGUCGGAGCUCGGGGCGGGAGUGGCGUACACGCUUGCGGCGAUUGGGAGCAUUGUGGGCUCCGGGGUGGGCGGGUGGGUGGGCGAUGUGGUCUCGCGGCGGCUGCCCAACCGCGGGCGGCUGAUGGUGGCACAGCUUGCCGUGCUGUGUAACAUGGGUCUUCUUGUGGUUCUCCUGGUGGUGGUGCCAAAGACCUCGUACGCGCUCAUUGCGCUUGUCAUGUUCUUCAUUGGCCUGCUGCUCUCGAUCCCGGCCUUUGCGUCGGACUUGCCCAACUCGGCCGAGGUCGUUCCCAAGGCGCUGCGCGGGCUGGCGUACGCGCUGCAGGGUCUAGUGCAGGGCACGGUCUCGUCGACGGGCUCGCUUCUUGUGGGCGCCAUUGCUGAGGGCUGGUUUGGCUACCGCGAGCGGACCGGCGAGCUCGACGACGUGCCGCGCGAGGACAAGAUCCACAACCGCGACGCGCUCUCCAAGGCCUGCUUGGUGGUCUUUCUCUCGUGCUGGUCGCUGCAGUUUGUACUCUACUUUGUGGCGUACUCGGUGUAUCCGCGCGUCCGGGACGAGAUCCGCGCUGCCGACGGCGGCGACGAGGUGAAUGAGGUGGGCUCUCGGAGCAGGAGCGGGAGCGAGACCAGCUCGAGUUGGGACGAGAGCACCGGAACGGCGACAAGUGGCAGUCGAAGCAGGUAAAUGAGGCCGGCGGCGA